CGUUAAUCAAAAGAAAAAAGAAGAAUUCAAUUUAAUAGCAAGAAAAGAAAAAAAAUAUACAUUUUAUAAGUCAAUCUAAGUUAAAAGCAAUAACUCAUCAGAAUCAAAAAUUAAAAGUGAAAUAUCAUUGCAAAUUAUAUAUAUCCGUAUUCUAUUCAGAUGUGUUAUGUACGACGGAAACCCAUUUUGAAUAUUUCAGAGCCUACUAAUUACAGUUAUCGUAGAAUAAAAUGCUGAGCCAUAGAAAUGUGUUAAUUUUGUUUUGUUCAAACUAAAAUUGAAUGAUAAACUUUGUACAUACUUUGUUUGAAUAAGAUUUAUCGGAAAAUAGCGUAGCAGAGUGAAUGUCGGGCAAGGUCUGUGGCUUGUGUCGUUGGACCGGAAUCAAGUUAACUUAAUACAAAAAUACCGAACUUGUUUUCCCCCGGAACAAAAACAAAAACAAUAUCCAAUGAAUUCAUUGUGCGUUUAUGUUAUUUUGCUUCUGUCAAUGGGAAAACGUCAUAACAUGACGUACACGAAAAGCAGGCAGUCGAAUCGCUCAAAUCAUAAAGCUGGUCAUUGUUUUCAUUGUUGAAUUUAUUCUAAUCAAGUGCUCAGUUUGUGUUGUCCAUUCGAGUCUGCAGUGAGAUAAAAUGCAACAUUGUCUGCAUUCCGGCGGAAAAAGUGCAGCACAUUUUAAUUUUGUCAAUCGUAAUCGAAUAAUUAUUUUGGUUUUCGCAUCUCUUUCUUUAUUUCAGUUGAUUCUUCUUUCAAAACGAAAGAAAUGACAAUAUUUACAAAUUGGCAAUAAAACAAAAACCAAAUCUGAACGAGGCCUGCUUAUGUGAUUGACGUGUAAAUGACCGGGACUAUAAACAGUGAGCUUUUUUCUGCUUAAGCAAAAAGAAGAGAACGAAUCAAUUGUUUUCCAUUUUAAGUCUAACUUAUGUCCAACGACCAUGAGUGUGAUAUCAAAACGACGCUUUAUCAAAAGAGAAUAAGUAGACACUGGACUAUUUUCAAUAGUUUUACUGCGUUUUUACUUCGACAAUAACACUGAACGUAGUUAAAGGGUUUGCACAAUGUUUCUUCUAAUUUCGUGCAACUAAAACAAUUUUUUUAAUGGAUUUUCUUUACGGAAAUUCAACCGCAGACCAUCAUCGGCUGGCAGAAUGUAAGCUUCUCAAUAUGCCAUAAAAUUCAAACAAGCAGAACAAAAUAAAACGAUCGAUUAGGAAAUAAUUGAAAUAUAGAGAAUAUUCAAGAGAAAAUAAUUAAACACAUACAAAACCAAAGAAAAAGAAAAUGUUGGAUUCAAAUCGCAUAUUGAAAGAUGUGCUUGCCUCUGCAAUCAUUCCUGGACUUUUCGUUGUAUUGUGGUUAUUUGGGUUAAUAUCCAUUGCGACGCUGAAACUAUGUUUAAUUGGAAGCAUUAUCAUAUUUAUUGUGUUACCAUUUAUUUAUAAGUAUUCGCCAGUAUUGCAGCGUGGCGUUCUAUUUUUAACAUUCAUUGCACAUCCAUCCACCUCAGUAUUAAAAUCACCCGCAGAUCUUGGCCUAUAUGCAACUCGCAAUUUUUAUAUUAAGUAUCGCGAUAACGUUGAAGACAAGAAUGUGACACUUGGCGUUUGGCAUAUACUACCGAACUAUAUAGCUCAAAAGUUUGCCAAAGAGCUCGGAGUGAAGAAGAGUGAUGUGAAGCCAUCAAAUAAGACAAAGCACCAUCUGGUGAAAUACGAUCAAUCAAUUGAAGCCAUCGAGAGUCAAAUCCGAAAUGAAUUUCCAACCAUCACCGAGCAAAAUAAUGUGGAAUUUUAUGAGCGAAUGCUUCAUGUUGCGGGUGCUAAAAUUGUGUUCUAUAUGCAUGGCAACAGUGGAUCAAGGGCGGCAUCACAUCGAAUUGAAUUGUAUCAAGUGUUAAGAGAGCAAGGUUACCACGUGAUUUGUUUUGAUUACCGUGGCUAUGGUGACUCAUUACCAGCAUCUCCGACCGAGACGGGCCUCGUGAACGAUGCUAUCGCUGUAUACAAAUACAUUACAAGUGUAACAACCAAUCCGAUAUUCGCCUGGGGUCAUUCACUUGGUACCGGUGUUGGUUGUCAUACUUUGGCCAAACUCAAGCAGCUGAACAUAUUUGGACCAAGAGUUUUGGUGCUAGAAAGUCCAUUCAAUAAUAUACGCGAUGAAGUGCGUGAACAUCCUUUUUCACGCUUUUUCCGUCACUUGCCAUGGUUCGAUUACACCAUUGUCGAUCCAAUGUUCGAAAAUAAACUACGAUUUGAGUCAGACAAACACGUCUCAACAUUCCCACAACCGCUUAUGAUUUUGCAUGCUGUUGAUGACCUCGUAGUGCCAUAUAAAUUAGGCCAUAAAUUAUACCUGUGGGCAUUGGAUAAGCGACAUAAAUCUUGGGGCCCCGUUGAAUUCCAUCGAUUCGACGCGGACAGCGGCUACGGCCACAAAUUCAUUUGCCGCGCACCCGAAUUGCCGGACAUUUUCAAUAAAUUCUUCGAAACAUACGGCAAUGAAAUCUAUUAGAAUCCUUUAUAUAUUCUAUCGAAUCGAUUUUUAGUAUAUUUAUUUGUUGUAAUUGAAAUCAAAAUGACUGCUGAAUGGCCUUUCUAAAUUGGUUCAGAAAAAUAAAUAAUAAAAAAAUAAAUCCAAAAAGAAAACCAA